CUUCUUUUUCUUCUUUUUUUCUUUUUAAACAUUACCAUGCUUACUACUGUUUAAGUGAAAGUAAAGUAUAAAGAACUCGCUGAAUAAACGUGUUUCUAUCAAAUUACAUCUCUGUGAUAGAUUAUGGAUUCUCAAGACAAAUUUACAGACUACAAUUGCCAAGGAGCUGAGAGCUCAUCUCUCUCAUUUUCUCAAACUAAUGGAGCAAUCCACAAUCACUUCACUGAGUCUGUUCAGCCUUUGAUUGAGUUGAUUGACUCUCUAAGGUCGAUCGGCAUUGAUAAGCAUAUCGAUCUACCAUCAAUUGCAGUAGUGGGAGAUCAGAGUUCUGGAAAGAGUUCUGUUUUGGAGGCACUUUCCGGAGUGGCUCUGCCUCGAGGAAGUGGCAUCGUCACUCUCUGUCCUCUUGAGUUGAAAUUACGGAAGUUAAAAAAUGGAAAAUGGACAGGAACCAUUUCCUAUAAUGGUCACAAAGAGUGUUUUGAUGACCCAUUAAAGGUGGAUAAACUUGUCAAAGAAGCUCAAAACAAGAUUGCUGGAAAUGCAUUUGGAAUCUCUGAUGAACUCAUCACUUUGGAAAUUUUAUCUCCUGAUGUGUGUGAUCUCACUCUGAUCGAUUUACCUGGUAUAUCCUGUGCACCUGUGCAUGAUCAACCUGAGAAGGUCAAAAACUUGAUACUAAAAUAUAUUGCCAAAAGUGAAACCAUCAUUUUAGUUGUUGUGCCCUGCAAUGUAGAUGUAGCAACAACUGAAGCACUAAGAAUAGCACAUGAAGUAGACCCCGAGGGAUACAGAACUCUUGCAAUUCUCACAAAGCCAGACCUCACUGAUAGAGGAGAUGAGAUUGAUGUUUUAAACAUUGUUCAAGGCAAAGUAAUUCCUCUCAGUAAGGGUUAUGUUAUUGUGAGGUGUCGUGAUCAGAGUGACAUCAAUAACAAAAUCCCUCUUUCUAAAGCCAUGGAGAUGGAAAUGCAAUUCUUUAGAAACCACAAUUAUUUCAGCUCCCUACUGAAUGAUGGAAAAGCAUCUAUUCAAUGCCUGGCAUACCACCUGACCAAAGAAUUGGUUAAUCAUAUCAAGAAAUCAUUACCCUACUUGAUUGAGCAGAUACAUAUUAAACUACUCACUGUGGAAAGAGAGCUUAAAAACUAUGAUCAGGGUCCACCUCUGGAAGAAGAGAAGAUGGGACCUUUCCUCAGUGGGAUAAUAAUGGAGUUCAGUGAUCAAAUAAAUGAACUGAUUAGAACAGGACAUUCAAAAGACAAAAACAUUUAUGCACUUCUACGUCUUGAGUUUAAGAAAUGGGACAUGUACCUAAGGGGCACUGAAGUAUCAUUUACAGCGAAAGUAUAUCAAAUGAUAGACAAGUACAAUGAGAUGCAUCGUGGCAGAGAAUUGCUAACGUUCAGUGAUUUCUGUGAAUUUGAAAGUGUCAUCAAAGACCAUGUGGCAGCCCUUCGAGAUCCAGCAAUAGCAACACUGAAGCAUGUACGAGAGAUUGUUCAGAAUGUGUUCACAGACAUAUGCUAUUCAUCAUUUGACCGGUACCCUCCACUGAGAUACAUUGUCUCUAAAAUAAUUAAUGACAUUCAGUCAAAACAAGAGGCCAAAGUGGAGAAAAGAAUCAAGGAGUUUAUUUAUAUGGAGCAAGUGGUCUUCACUCAAGAUAAGAUAUUACAACAGAAACUCGAUGCCUCUGAUGUCCCUCAGAAGACUGGAAUGGACACUUGUCAUGAGAAUCUCUAUGAUGAUGAUGACACAAUUUUAAAUUCCAAAGGCUGCGCGUUGUUGGAUACAAGAUAUCUUAUACCAGACAAACUGGUUCUCUAUCAUGAGAUCAUCUAUCAACGACUCACAGACUAUACCCCCAUGCUAAUAAUACUCUUCAUGCUGAAGGAUGCAGCUAAGAUAUUACAGCAUCAAAUGCUAGAACUAAGGAAUGGAGCAGAUGUGGCCAAACUGCUAAAGGAAGAUUCAGAGCAAGGACGAAGGAGAGCUGAUCUAAAGCAGCAUCUGGAGCACCUCAUAAAAGCUCAAAAACUGAUAAGUAAAACAUUCUGAGACUGAGACAUCUCUAAUAAACAUCAAUGAUUGUGAAUGGAAUUUUGAACGAAUUUAGCAUCAGAUUUAUCUUGUUUUUAUCUUGUUCCAGUAAUUAUAUCUGUUAAAUCAGUAUCAAACAAUUUAAGAUGUUUCAAAUUAUUGUUAGAGUUACUGAAAUUGUACUGUAUUGUAGAAUAAAGUCAUCACAUUGCAUUUACACUGUCAAACCAAAU